AUGGUCAUGUUUGCUGUGCUCCAGACGACAAAGUCAAGCGCGAUUAUCGCGGCGGAAACCACAAUAUUAGUCAUUGCGUUGAUACUCUUAUAUUACAUCCUCUAUAGUCUUUAUAGUUUAUUCCUCCAUCCCUUAGCAAAAAUACCCGGCCCCAAGAUCCAUGCAAUCUCACAAUUGCCGUAUGUUUACCACAUUACCAAAGGCGACUGGCACACCACUCUCGCUGAGCUUCAUAAGCGGUAUGGCCCAGUAGUGAGGUAUGGACCCAACGACGUUGCAUUCACGUCUGCCGAAGCUCUCAAGAAGAUUUAUGGCAGCAAACUAGCAACAGAAAGGACGUUCGAAAAAGAUCCUAGGAUGUAUAAGAAGAGAAGGCCAGAGUCCCAUAUCAUCACCGCGAAUAACGAGGAACAUAGACGGUUCCGGAAGCUCUUGUCUCAUGCCUUUUCUGAGAAAGCACUACGAGAACAGGGUGACAUAAUUCAGCAUUAUGUGGAUACGUUCAUCAGUCAAUUAAGCGACCAGGCGACGGCAGGAAAUACCAUAGACAUGGUUAGUUGGUUCAACUUUGCGACCUUUGAUUUGAUCGGUGACUUGGCAUUUGGACAAUCUUUCGGGGGGCUCGAUAACGGGAACUACCAUCCCUGGGUCCGGAUGAUAUUCGAAAACAUGAAGGUCAUGCCGUUCAAAGAGGCAGCAAUACGCCUUAACCUCACAUUCGCUAUGUCGUAUCUAACGCCAGACCAUUUGAAGAAGAGUGCCGAGGAACACUAUCAGCUGAGCAAAUCGGCCACUAUGAAGCGCAUAGAGAGAAAUAACCUAGACAGGGCUGACUUUAUGUCCUAUAUUCUCCGCCAUAAUGAUGAGAAAGGCAUGUCAGUACUGGAGAUGGCGGAAAAUGCUACUAUCAUCAUUGUGGCCGGGAGCGAGACAACCGCUACAUUGUUAAGCGGCACCGUGUUCCAUCUCCUUACCAACCCUCCCAAGUACCACAAACUCACGCAGGAAAUUCGCUCCGAAUUUGAUUCAGAGGAAGAGAUAACUCUCUCCAGAGUCAACAAACUUUCGUAUCUCAUUGCAGUCUUCAAUGAGGCGAUGCGCGUGUAUCCCCCUGUACCAAUGGGUCUUGCCCGUAUUGUCCCAGCCGGUGGCGAAAUCAUCGAUGGCUAUUAUCUACCAGAGAAGACUUGUGUCGCAGUACCUCACUGGACUGCAUUCCGGACAUCUCACAACUUCGCAGACCCAGAGUCGUUCGUCCCAGAAAGGUGGCUCGAUGAUCCCCUCUACAAAGAUGACUCCAAGGCGGCACUUCAGCCUUUCUCUUUGGGGCCACGCAACUGCAUUGGAAAAAACCUUGCCUAUGCUGAAAUGCGUCUCCUCCUUGUGCGAUUGCUUUGGAAGUUUGAUGUGGAGAUGCUGCCAGGGAGUGAGGAAUGGAACAAGCAAAAGGCUUUCAUUUUGUGGGAGAAGGGUGCUCUACCGGUCAAAUUGACUGAAGUGCUUCGAGAGCAGAAGUAA